AUGGCCGGCAACCUACAGGCCGUCCCGGACACCACCAUGGAGUCCGACGACAUGGAAGAAGCCUUCAUGUCGACCCCCCUGCAGCCAGUCACCGACGUCCCCAACCGCAUCGCGCGCCAGAGGACCGCGAACGAAGAUGUGGAGGCCCUGACUGCGACGUUCGGCGGUUUGGACAUCCGCGACGACGCGGCCGGCGCGGGCGCUGGAGCCGAGCCGCCUGGGGGGUUCACGCGUGUCGACGGAACUGGAAUCCCGGUGCCGUUCAGGGUGCCGCAGCCAGUCUCUCUGACGCAGGGUCGAAUGACCACGCAAGCGGAGGACCAGCGCGCCCUCGUCGAGGCCGCCCACGUGGCGUCGACCCACGGCCUCCCCUGCGUGGCCUGCGCGCGGAACGGCCGCGGCGCCUGCAGCUGCACGCCGGCCUCUGCGCUCAUGAGGCUCCCAGAUCCCGUCUUGGCAUUCGUCGACUAUGACUCGGGCGCCGAGCGCGAGCGCGGCGCGGCGGCCACGUGCGGCGACUACCGGUCGUCGCGGCGCCUGUGGGCGAUCGACCUGGCCAAGCGCCGGGUCCGUCCGCAAGGCCUGCGAGAGAUGGCCGUCUUCGCUCUGCUGGACCAGGGGCUCGAGAUUUUAAAGGAGGUCAAUUCGAGGGCCGGCGGAGGCACGCGGCUGUCGGAGCUCCUGGAGCGCGUCGGCGACCUGAAGUACGGCAACCCGCCCGACCUGUCAGUGGGGCUGCGCAGGAUGGACUUUUACCUCCCAUUUUACGGCAAGGACGGAGACGUUGCAGGCUACGUGUUCAUCGAGGUGGACGAGCACCGGCACCGCACACACACCGAGGCGGAGGAGACGGCGCGGGAGGAGGUGUUCCGCGCUGCGUGCGAACGGCGGGGGUUGCACGCGGUGUUCGUGCGCAUCAACACCGACCUCUUUCGCUCUGGGCCGGGGGGCGAGGGGCUGCCCUACGCCUACCACGUGUCGCUGGGGGAGCUCGCCGCGCACGCCCUGGCGCAGGCUCUGCGCCGCGCGCGCCAGCUGCGCGACCGCGAGGCGGGCCACCACGCCACGGUCGCGGACGUCGAAAUUGGAUUCAACGUCGAUCCGGCGGUGCCGGGCGGGCCCGGCCGCGCCGCGCUGCGGAGCGGCCUCAAGACGUGGCGCGCGGACCCGCUCGACGUCAACGGGACGCGCCUCGACGGCGUCGUGGUUGCCCAAGAGUACGUGACCGGGCGGAGGCGGGUGGAGGACGUCGUCGCCGGCGUCGACAGCUUCGCGCUCGGUACCCUCGACAACUCCUACUACGUCGACGUCAUCGCGGUGCUCAGAAUGGGCGCUGCGGCGCUCGGUGUUGGCACACCCACGGGGCCCGUGAUUCCGCCAGGGGACCUGCAGGCGCCUGCGGCUGGGCCGUCCCAGCCGGGCGCAGCCGCGGCGGAGGAUGUCGCCUCGCACGGCACCGAGGGCCGCUUCGGCGAGACGAAAGCGCUGUACGGCGAGCUUGCGCAACUGGCGGCAAAGCGCUACAGGAAGCCCGGCGUCCAGCGCGGGAGCGCGCUCGUCGUCGCCGUGCAGCUGGAGGAGGGCGCGGACAACGCCGAGCCUGUGUUCUGGGCGUACGUGGCGAUGCACCACGUGGUGGUGCGCUCAGACACCGUCGAAGUGGAGGACACCCUGAGCGACGUGUGGGUUCAGACGUCGCGCGAGGUGGCGAGCGCGCUCCCCGGGGCCGCCGGUGGCUUCAUGUCCGCGGAGAUCUUCCAGGACUACCUGCGGGAGCUCGGUGAGCGUGCGCAAGGCGCCUUCCCGCUCAUCGUCCUCUACGGCACGUCGCCGGGGGACUUUCGGAAGGCGGUGGCGGACGCCUUGCGGUCCAAGCCGUCCAAGCCGUCCGAGCCGUCUCCAUCUGCGUCACCGGUCAAGAAGAUGCCGAAGCACGCCGCGCCCGCGCUGGAUGCCUGGGGCGUCGUGGACCUGCGGCAGGCGUUCCCCCCGGCCCAGGGCGGUGGCGUCCCGGCCGGGUCGCGACCCGCGGGUCUGUGGGCCGUGCUGGGCCCGGCCGCCGUGGUGCCCGCCAGAGUGGGCGACGCACAACGGGCUCUCGAAGCCGCCCAGGCCCGCCACCGCCCGACGCUGAUCGCCAGCCUGGCGCAGGCCUUGGGCGAUGCGUUCGAGAACGCCCGCGACCCGCGCGACGGCUGGGAGGCCAAGGGCGGCGAGUUCCUGGCCAGCGUCGCGUACGACGCGCACAUGAACGAGCUGGCCGCGCACAAGCAGCGCCUCGACGAAGGCGUCGAGACGGCGGACUGGAGCGCGGUCCGGCCCCCCGCGGCGCUGGUCACGUUGUACGACGAUUACUACAACGGCCGCCUGACGCAGGAGGAGCGGCUGCUGCGGGCCGAGAAGGCGCAGCGGCCUCUGCUGGAGGCAACGUGGCCCUUGCUGCGCGGCGACCUGCGGCGGGACAGGAACGGUCGCGGCGACCUCGAGGACUGUCGGCUGUUCGGGCGGGUGUCGGGCAACAGGGUGGUGUUCGUCGACGGGGGGGGGGCCUUGCUCGCCCAGGCGCUGUUUUUGAUGCCGGGCGAGGUGCGGAUCGAGGACGAGUCGGGCGUCGAGCGGACGGAGCCCGGCAUGGUGCCGAUGAACGCCGCGAAGCUUGAGGGGGGGUUGUACGAGAGGAAGGUGGCCAUCUCCCUGCGGGGAGCGGACCCGGCGAGGUUCGUCGACGCGUGCCUCGUCGUGCAGCGGUCGGGUGACAAGACCGCAGUCUACCUGCGCUGGACGGCGGCCCUGGCGCGGCGCGUGCGCUGGGCCGACGGGGACGAGGUCAUGCUGGAGUUCGCCGACGACAUCGCCUCGGUGCGGCCAGCGGACCCCGCUCAGGAUGAGAGGGGCACCGAGGCGGCGCGCGCAGGCCGCGCGCCGCUCGACGAUCCCGACGGCGCGCGGGCGGUGUUCCGCAUCUCCAACAUCAGUGCCCUCCAAUCCGACCGAGAAGUCGCGGACGCGCGACGUACGGAGGAGAACACGCGCGUGCUGCACGACGUGCGCUGCGCGCUCGACGUGCCGGGCACCAGACCGCUCGCCGCGAUCGACGUCGCGAUCCCGGCCGCAGCGACGGCGACGACGGCCGCGGCGCAGGCGAGGACACGCACGCGCACGCGCGGGGCGAUACGGAAGGCGCCAACCACGUCCUCCACCUGUGGUGGGACGGAAAUAAAUGGGCGUCGAGUCCGUCCCGGGUGCGAGCGUUCUUCGCGGCCGUCGUACCAAGGGAAGAGGAGCCGCUGUGGGGAUCGGGCAAGCGGCUGCUGGUGUGGCUCGCGCGGCGAACCCCCCCCCCGAGGGCGGCGGUUCGGACGCCGACCAGGGAGUCAUCGAGCUCGCCGACUUGUCUGA